UAGAUUGCCACAUCCUGUUAAGAAGUGUGGUUUCUGUGACAUCAGUCAAUAAUCUGUUUUAUGGCUUGCUUCUGUAUAUCGGAUACGCUUGCUUAAUAUCAUGGCUAAAUUGUUACUUUUCUUCACAGUUAUAAUCACUUUCAUCAUACUGCAAGGUCAAACUAAAAGUCAAGCCACCACCGAAAGCACCCAGGCUUCAAGCGCAGAAUUGACCUCCACCUAUUCCUCCACCACUUCUCCAAGCACGGUGUCCUCAACUUCUGCUUUGAGUAAAGCACAUCCAACAAGCAGCACAUCUCUUGCAACUAGCAUUAAUCAAACAGCAACAUCUUCUCAGCCCCACACAGCAUCACCUGUCAAGAUCACAACCACUGUCCAAACCAGUACAGGUUCAGCAAUGAAGAAUAGCAGUGAAACCACAGCUUUUGGGUCAAAAGCACUCGUUUCAUUAACAACCAUCCUGUCAUCUACUAAAGAACCCAGAUCAACAGCUGCUUCAACAGGAACAGUCAAUGCAAUCUCACAUUCAGAGAUCACAACUACUGACCAAACCUAUAAGGCUUCAGCGGUCACUAACAUCAGUCAAACCACUGAUUUAUGGUCAAAAGCACUCGUUUCAUUAACAACCAUCCUGUCAUCUGCUAAAGAACCCAAAUCAACAGCUGCUUCAACAGGAGAAGUCAGUGCAAACUCAGCUUCUGGUAAUGAGAAAAAUGACAACUUGGUGAUGAACCCAGGUCUUGUUGCAAUCCUGUGCAUAUUCUUUAUAGUUUUGGCUUUGGUCCUUGUGGUUGCGAUUGCCAAGAUUAUCAGCUACAGAAGAAAUUCCCAGUUUGAAAGGCUAGAAGAUUUACCGAUGUCCCAGCAGAGCAAGAAGAACGAGAAUGCACCGUUUGCUCGAUAUCCUCCAAAAUAAACAAGACUUUCAUCAUGUGGGAAUCAGAACUGAAAGUGUAUAUGCAGACUGGGAAAUGGAUGAAGUUAUAGAGUCAUAUCAAAUAUGUUUAAAGUAAUACAAUAUAAAUGAUUUCAUUUGAAUGCUUUUAAAUUCUUUUCAUAUUCAAAUAAGUCUGUUCGGGUAAUUCACAUGAUCAUAAUGAUCAUGAUCAAAUGAUCAUGAUCGUUUUUAAAAAAAAAAAAUACACAAUUAUACUGUAUGUCUGCUUCUGAGUAUGUGAGACAUAGAGAGAGAUAGAGCGAGCAUGGGUGUGUGUAUGUUUAGGUAAGUUUGUGGGUUUAUCAUUGAGCCAUGUCAUUUCUGUUUGCCCAUGAUACGCUAUUUUCACUAACUAGACUUUAUUUCCUGUUAAAACUAUUGUGGGUCAUGGUUGCAAGGUUGUUGAGACUACAAAUAAAACUACAAAGUGCUGUA